GAUUUUUCGUCAAAGAACGUUUGUAUUCAUAUACGAGUUUUAAGUACAAUAAGUUGGCGACACUUUAUUCAUAUACGUUCUUUGACCUAAGGCGAUGACUUUUUUUGAGCUGCUGUUCUUUCUUUUACUGCUUUAUUGCCUGGUUUAUAUAAUCUUAUGGCUAUAUUUGGAUUGCAAUGUGGAUCUUUGGUACAAUUCAUAUUUCGGUGUGCCUGUUUCGGCAAUGCGUGGUCAAGUUGUUUGGGUAACAGGUGCGUCAAGUGGCAUCGGAAAAGCAGUUGCUCUUGAGAUGGCUAAAAAUGGAGUACGGCUAGUGAUUUCUUCCAGACGUGAACAUUUGCUGGAUUCCUUGAAAAGAGAAUGCUUGGAGGAAGCGAAGGGAUUGCUAUCUGAAGAUGAUGUUUUUGUAUUACCCAUGGAUGUUUUAGAAAUUGCCAAUCACGAAAAUUGCUUCGAAAAGGUGUUAAAACACUUUGGGCGCUUAGAUGUAUUGGUUAAUAAUGCUGGUCGUUCACAACGGGCUAGUUGGGAAGAGAUUAAUAUAGAUGUUGAUCGUAGCCUAUUUGAAUUAGACGUAUUUUCUGUUGUUAAUCUUUCACGAAUUGCAGUGCGCUACUUUCUGCAUCAAUCUGGUGGACAUGGGCACGUUGUGGUAACAUCUAGCGUUGCUGGUUUUUGUCCAGCUCCUUUUUCAGCAACUUACUGUGCAGCGAAAUUUGCCAUUAAUGCCUAUAUGAAUACGCUUCGAAUAGAGCAACGAAGCAUCGACGUUACGAUAUUUUGCCCUGGACCAAUUGCUACAGAUUUUCUUCAAGAGGCGUUCACAGCAGAACCAGGAGAAAAGUUUGGACAAAGCACGAAAAAUCAAAAACGGAUGACUGCUGAGAGAUGCGGCAAAUUAUAUGCGGUAUCAAUUGCAAAUAAAUUAGAUAUAUCUUGGUGUGGGCUGUUCCCUGUUAACUUUUUAGCUUAUGCAAGUCGUUAUCCUGGACUAGCUAAAAUAAUUUUUAAAUUGAUGGGCAAAACCACAAUGAACAAGAUACGGGAAGGAAAGUUGUAGAUUAAGAAGUGAAGAGAUAAUUUUAAAGAUAUAUUAUUUGCCCACUUUGCAUAUAUAAUGGUGGCAAUAUAAUUAGAAGCGCCAUCGUGAUACAGAAUAUCCACUUUAUUUAAACAACUUAAAUUAACUUUUCAAAGCUUUUGAUUAGAAUUUAUAUGAAUACAUUUAUACUUUUAUUUAAAGCAA